AUUUAUCAUAUGAUAUAUCAUGACUUCAUGCAUUCCCCGCAUGUGAGUCAGCAAGUCCCCGCUCUCUAUAUAUUGUCCUCCUUCAUCAACCUCGUACCUCCAUCUCAAACCCACCUCACCUCCCCCUUCACCCACAACCAAACAAGAAACAGCAAUCAAAAUGGCCCAACACUCAAACGGCCCAUACCACCUAAUCUACUGGCCCAGCAUCCCAGGCCGUGGAGAAUUCAUCCGACUAGCAUUAGAAGAAGCCGGCGCCAAUUACACCGACACAGCUCAUGAAGAAGGCGGGGUGAAAACCGUUCUCUCCCUCAUCGACCAAAACUUCAAAGGCGAUGAGUCCGGACCUCCACCGUUCGCACCACCCAUGUUAAAGCACGGUGAUCUUCGCAUCAGCCAAACACCCAACAUCCUGCUCUAUCUCGCCCCGCGCCUAGGCCUCACGCCCGAUGGCGACGCCAUUUACCAUGUGAACUCGCUGGCGCUCACGGCGCUAGAUGGACUGAGUAAUGAGGCCCACGAUACUCAUCAUCCCGUUGCCUCGGAGCUCUACUACGAGGACCAGAUGGAGGAGAGUAAGAAGAGAGCAGAGUCGUAUCGGAACAAUCGGCUGCCGAAGUACUUCUCCUAUUUCGAGCGGGUUUUGGAGCCCCAGGCAGCGAAAGGCCAGCCGUGGCUGUAUGGGGAGAGUUUGACGUAUGCGGAUCUUGUUCUUUUCCAGGGCGUCGAUGGUCUUAAGUUCGCAUUUCCUCGAGCACUUGCCCGAUUGGAAAAGUCUGGUAAGUAUCCGAAUGUCUUUAAGCUUUACGAAGCUGUCAAGAACCGGCCACGGAUCAAGGAGUAUCUUGCGAGUGAAAGAAGACAGAAAUACUCGCAGGGAAUCUACCGACACUAUCCGGAGUUGGAUGAUGCGGAGUAAACUUUCAUAUCCAGAGGGUCCGCUUGAUUGCAGGGCUCACGGUGGUAUCUAUAUAGCUGGAACUAGUUGAUGCUUUGUGGAUUUUGCUGGCACAACAGUGGACCAAACGUACAAAAAUUAGCAUAGCACUGUUGCUGGAAAUAUUUGCAUAGCAGGGAAUUUAAUGUUGAAUGACCAGUAUAA